AUGGAAAGAUUAUCAAAGCUAUUCAAGAAAAGCUCGAAGUGCCAUAAGUGUGAGAAAAGCCUAACAUUUUUUAGCAAGAGAAGAAAAUGUAAAAUAUGCAGUAAGGUUUACUUAAUUUCCCAGUAAUAAGUAUCAUUGCUUAUUGGUGAGGGGGUUUGCAAUGGUAUAUGAAAAGAUCGAAUUUGCUCAUUAUUAAGGGGUUUUCAGAUAAAAAAUAAAAAAUUUAUCACAUAAGAAGCAAAUUUUAAUUUCUUUAUAUAAAUUUACUAUUUUAAAAUUACUUGCGAAUACCUCAAUUAAUAUGCAAGAAUUUGCUUAUUACUGAGGAGUUAGAAUAUGUAUUUUGCAGGAAUUGCAGCACAACUACUAAAUUAUUUUGACCAUUUAAAGUCUCCAACUUCUGUCUGAGUUGCGCCGGGCAAAACAAGUCUUUAGGGAUGAGACGGUCACUGCACGAAUCCGAUAUUGGUAGAAAAGAGCUAGCAGACAGUCCACAGCCUGAGUUUUCUGCUUCCAUGAUAAUUCAAGACGAUUCUUUAGAAGAUGCAUUAACUCAUCAUAAUCCUAAUCAUAAAGAAAUCAUCAAGGCCAAAGUCAGCCUCACUUCCCAAGACCCUCUAAAAGAGUAUAACCUCGUAUCCCGAAUUGGAAAUGGCGGAACUAGCUCCGUUUUCCGAGCCCACCACAAGAAAACAGGCCGAGAAGUUGCUUUAAAAAGAAUGAAAGUCCGAAACAGCGAGCAAAGACAAAAUAUCCUAGACGAAAUAGCUAUAUUACAGUUAUCAAACCACGAAAAUAUUGUCAAAUAUUACAAUGCUUACCACUACAAAAAGUAAAAAUAAAAUAGUGAGAUAUGGGUCGCAAUGGAAGCUUUGAAAUGCAACUUAACAGUCUUUAUAAAAGAAAAUGCAGGUGCCAUCCCAGAGCACAUCAUUAGCUACAUCUGCUUAGAAAUAUUCCGAGGAGUUUCAUGGCUCCACAGCAAAAAUAGAAUGCAUAGAGACAUUAAGUCAGAAAAUAUUUUGCUAUCUGUUUCUGUAUUUUUUAUGUAGGGAGAAGUAAAACUGAAUGAUUUUGGAAAUUGCGCUCAGCUGGCGUCUGAGAAUGAAAGGAGAAUUACAGUUGCAGGGACGCCUUACUGGAUGGCUCCUGAAGUAAUCCAAGGAGAGCCUUAUGACAAAAAAUGUGAUGUGUGGUCUAUUGGGAUUGUGGUGAUUGAAAUGGCUGAAGGAAACCCUCCUUUUAUUAAUGAAAGCCCAGAAAAAGCGAUGCUAUUAAUUUCAACACGCCCAUCUUAUCAAUUUACUGAUGAGACUAAAUGAAGCGCGGACUUCAAAGAGUUCGUUAAUCUCUGCAUGCAAAAAAAUCCUAAAAACAGACCUAGCGCCCAAGAGUUACUAAAUCAUAGAUUUAUUGAAAACCAUUGCAGUGAAGCAGUUUUCCAGAAAUACAUUGAGGAUUGGAUUAAUUUAAGGAAUAAAAUGUAA